AUGGACCGGGAGAGGGAGGUUGAGGCGGCCGCCGCGGGGGCUCACGCCGGCGGGGCCGGGGGUCCGGCGGCUGUCCGCGGCAUGAAGCGCGGAGACCCGGAGCCCGACGCCCAGACCACCGCCGCUGCCCUGCCAGACCUGGCCGGGGCGGAGUGCAAAAGACCGCGGAUAGACGGGACCGGGAGCGUGGUGGGUGACAUUGGACAGCAAUUUGGGAAGAUUUUGGACGUAGAGAUCAUUUUUAACGAGAGAGGCUCAAAGGGCUUCGGCUUUGUGACAUUUGAAAACAGCGCAGAUGCAGAGAAGGCCAGGGAAAAGCUCCACGGCACGCUGGUGGAGGGUCGGAAGAUAGAGGAGAAAAAGGGGACAUCUCUAUUUGAGGCGAUGCUCGGCGGCAGCUCUCUCCUGGCGGACGGCGCCGCAGCGGCCUCCCGCUUCCGUCCGCCCCGCGGCGAAAAGAAGCCAAGCCGCGCUAAAACAGCUAAAACAGCUCAGAAGCUCUGA